AGGAUGUUUCGGAAAAAAGAAAGUUCGGUCAAGGUCAACAGGACCCAGCCCAGCAACCUGGCCCUGUUGAUUGCUCAGAUGCAAAAGAAUGCAGAUGUGGUGGAGAAGGACAUCCUGCGUUCUGAGGAACUCUUGGCUGAGGAUGCAGAAAAUGAUAAGAAAGAACUUCCUUUGAAACAUCAAAAUGAACUCUGCGACACUUUGGGUGAAGCUGAGAGCCUGCUGGAAGACCUCUUCUUGGAUGUGGACAAAGCCAAGAAGCUCAAACACCCGCAAGCCAGAGAGAUUGAAAGCGAUGUCCUCCAUCUCCACGAGCGCUGGCUAAAGGACUGCACAUUCUAUCGAGACAUCUAUGAGCAAAUUGAUGACGUGUCGCUGAUGCCCAGGAUUGACUGGGCGCCUGUUUUCAAUGAGAAGCAAAAACAAGUAGGCAGUGACGUGUAUGGGCCCACAAUGCCAGAACUGGAGAAGCAGAUCGCUUCUCACAGACUCCUGCACCAGCAGAUCGAAGCAUACAACUCGCAGCUUUGUGUGAGCUCUGCCGGUACCAAGGAAAACUACAUGGCCCUCAAGAAGCAGUACAACAAACUUCUAGAAACCUCCAAGUGGCGUGGCCACUAUUUGAACAGCCUUUAUGAGUACAUGCAAGGCUGCAACAAGGAGUUGGUUUUUCUGGGAGAAGAACAGGAUAAGAUCAAGAAGCAGGACUGGAGCGACCGUAUGGCGGAUCCUCCGGAUGUCCGUAGGCAGUACGAGAAUUUCAAGAACAACAGCCUGCUGUCACACGAGAGUGAGGUGAACAAACUUCAGGAUGAAGGUGACAGACUGAUUGAGCUCAAGCACCCAGCCAGUGCUACCAUUCAAACUCAGAGAGACGCAGUACGCAACGAAUGGCAGAAGUUCCUUCACUUGUGCAUUUGUCAGGAGACACACCUUGACAAUUUGGAACAGUACAAAAAGUACCAAAUGGACGCAGAUCAACUCUCUGAAACACUCAACAAACUCAACAGUAGUUUAGACCCGAAGCUCGCCAAUAGGAAGAGCAACUCUGAGAUGAUGCUGCAGCUUGAGACGGAAGAGAAAGCUUUGCAGGACAGUGAGAAGUUACUGGCAGAUCUGAGAAAGCGCAGCACCACAAUUGCUCCACUGAAGCAACGUCGAACACCCCCAAACAGAACGGUUACAUUGGAGUCCCUCUGCGAUUGGGAGUCAAACAGGGGACCUCUGUCAAGAGGCGAGAAGUGUACCCUGAAAUCCAACUCUGACAAUGAGAACUGGGAUGUCAUAAACAACAAAGGGGUCGCUAACUCCUUCCCAGGGGUUUGCUUCAUGAUCCCACCUCCUGAUCCAGAGGCAAUCAACAGAGUGGACGUUUUGGGUGGUGAACUGGGCGACAUUAAGAAGAGGAGAGCUGCUCUGGCAGCAGAACUUAAGAAUCACAAGUCAGAGAUGGCGAAGUCCCUGCAAUCAGCCCCAGUGUCGUCUCCUACGCUGGAUCCUAAACUGUCUGAGUUGGGUCUCCGCUUGGACAAACUAAAUUCUGACCUGGACAGAGCUGAUAAAGACAUGCUAGGCCGCAUGAGACUUCCACUGAGCAACUCCAACCCUACUUCAGAUCUGUUAAACAGGCUGAAGGAACAGGAACAAGCUGCAAGGGCACUAAAAGGUCUGGAGCAGGAAAAGCUUUCAGCUAAAGCUGAACUGCAGCCUUUACUGGCUAAAGAUCCUAGUGCCUCCUUCGCAUUGCCAAUCAAACUGAACAAUGCUGAAAACAAAUACGAUGGCCUCUCGGGGCUCUCUGACCUGUACAACAGGAAAGCAAAUGCAUCCCUAAACCUGGAGAAUCAGAUAAAAAAGGUGGAUGGCCUUAUCUCAGGAUUUGAGGAGAGGUUGAGUGAAGACGGACCAAUACUUGAUGUGCCAAACUCGAUCCGUGCGGCCAGCGACAGUCUUCAUCAACAACGAAAAGCCGUGGCGUCGGCUCAGCCGGAGAUGAGGAAGCUAAGUCAGGACCUGGAGGCCACUGAACAGCUAUGUAGCUCUUUGCAGCAGGGAUAUCAGGAGUUCUGUCCUGAUAUUCAGCGCCAGAGAAAAGAGGUCAAACAGCUGCACAACCGCUAUGCAAACCUUGAAAACCAGCUGAAGGAGAGAGAGAACAUCUUACAAGAGGCCGGCGCCAAAAACCAGGAAUUCCAAAGUUCUGCCAAAUCCUUGAAUAUGUUCCUCAACAACCUUCCAAAGAACAAGUUCAACUACAGUGACGAUGCAAAUUCGUUAAAUGCUAUGCAGAGCUCACAGGAGAGGGUGAUGGACGACCUGAAGCGUAAAGGCAAUGACAUGGACAGAGUGACCGACUUGUCUAAAGACCUGCAGAAUCUACUUGGUGAAUAUGAUGCCAACAUUGAAAAAUUCAAUGGUACGCUUGAAGAUGCUGGCGCCACUGUUCCAAAGAGACCGUAUACACUUACACUUGAGGAGUCUGUUCAGAAAGAGGAAAGGGAUCUAGUCAACCGCUACGCUGAGGCAUUAGCUGAAAAUGGUCAAUGGCAAAAACAGAUGGGGUUGACCCGCAAUCUACUUUUACAAAACGAUGAAAAAGUUCAGAUGUUGGCACAGCAUCAGGUGCAGCUGGAAAGUCAGCAAAGGAAUGCUUUCGAGCUAAAUAAUGUCUCCAGAGAACUGGAGGACGAAAGGGAGAGGACACUUCAUGUCGAGUCUAAUCUAAAAGCGUUCAGAGAUAGGAUGAUGUCACUGAAGAAUCGCAGAGGAGUCGAGCGUGUAGAGGAAAAAGAAGUGCUUCAGUACUACCGUGACCCAAAACUGGAGACUGACUUAACAGAGUUUCAGAAGACACUGCAUGAAGAGAUCCGGAGACGGACCACCAUCCACAGCGAGUUGGACAUUUAUAACAAAAAAAUUUCCCUCAUUGAUGAGAACAUAAAAAAUACAGCACCAAAACUGUUGACGAGGGAAGUGACAGAGUUUGAGAAAGAUCCGCAGCUAGAUAUAGAAGCUGUCAGGCUAAGAGAUGAAAUAUCAAGACUGAGAGACAGCAUCCGAAUUACUGACUCGGAGCACAUACAGAUGAGAACAGAGUUUGAGAUUCUCCAACAGAAGAAACCACUCAUCAAAGAGAGGAUAGUUAAGAAGGAAGUGGUGAAGGUAGAAAAAGACCCAGAGAUGUUGAGAUCCCUCCGGGUAUUUGAAACCGAACUUUCUGAGGAGACUAGCCGGGUUAAGAUCAUAAAUGAUGAAAUAUUCCAAUUGAGAAGCCAAAUUAACGCCCUUGAAAGAAUGAUUCCAAACAUCCAGCCCAAAAUCAUCACAAAGGAAGUUAAAAAGGUUGAACAAGACCCUGAACUCAUCUCGGAGUCAAAGAGGAUUCGAUCGUCUGUGGAGAAUGAGAUAGUAGAAAAUAACUCCUUGUCCAAAGAGCUGUUGGACCUCCACAGUCGCUACAGGGAAGUUCAGGCUCUGAAACCCAAAUUUGAGGUGAAGGAAAUUGUUAAUGAGAUUUUCCGUAUUGAUCCAAACACAGAGGUUGAAAUCUUACGCCUCAGGAAAGACAUACAAGAAUUCAAUUCGCAGCGCUCUGUCAUGGAAAGGGAUAUCACAAAGGUAGGCUCAGAGGUGAAUUUCCUGCGAUCACAGAAGCCCAAAGUAGAAAUGAAGGAAGUUCUUCAAGAGGUGGUGAAGGAAGAGAGAAGUCCUGAAAAUGUGAGAGAGAUUCAAAGAUUAAAUGACCAAGUCAACAUUAUCCACAACAAUUAUAACUUCCUCCAAGAUCAAGUGAGGACACUCAAGAAAGAGAGAGAUGUGUGGAAGGCUGAAAAGUCCAAGAUCGAGACCAAAAUCCUCACCAGAGAUGUCAUUAAGUAUGAACCGGAUCCUCUCUUGGAGAAAGAGGCUGACCGCCUGAGAAGAGAUUUGAGGGACGAGGCGCAAAGGCGACGUUCAAUUGAGGAGUUGGUGUUUGACCUGAAAAACAAAUACAUAUUGUUAGAAAGGCAAAGACCUGAGGAGAAGGUGGUUGUGCAAGAAGUUGUGCGUUUACAGAAGGACCCACGGCAAGUGCUUGAGCAUGAGAGGCUGGGUAGGAGCCUUGAUGAAGAAGUGACGAGUCGACGUCACAUCGAAUUGGAGUUACAGCAACUAAGAACAAAGGUGGAAGAGAAGGAGAGACUGCUCAAAGCAAGUGACGAGCAUCAAAAGAGGAUCAUAGCCGAGUCGGAAUUGAAGGAACUCAGAUUGCGUAUCCACCAGCUGGAACAUGCGCCACCUGCUGUUUCAGAAAAUAUUGUUGUUGAGGAGGUACUGAAAGUGGAGAGAGACCCGAAACUGGAGAGGCUGACAAUUGGUCUGCGGGCAGAAAUGGAUAAAGAAACCAACGAUAUACUGCGUCUCCAGAGAGACAUCCGUAACAUCACUCUGAGGCUUGAGGUCCUUCAGAAAGAAAAGUCUGUCGAGAAGAAAGUAUACAAAGAAGUUGUCCGUGUUGAAAAAGACCAGGCUGUGGAAAACGAAAGAGAUCGCCUGAGGGAACAGGUUUCUAAGCAGAAAUUUGCAAGACAGGACACUGAGGAUCAAAUCAAACGCCUCAGUACUAAGACAACCCAUCUGAUGACUUCCAAAUCUAGCAAUUCAAGAGAAGAAACUAGCCUGACUUUGAACAGAGACGCCUUAUUGAGGGAGAAGGACAACCUCACUCGUGAGCUCAGGACACUGGAGGCAAAGAAACAUGACAUCAACUUGUCUUUCGAACAACAGAGCAGACUCAUGAGUGAGAGAACACAGAUGAGCAGGCAAAGAAGCAUCAAGAUGGGUACUGAUAUCCAGCAACUUGAGAGAGAAAUCCUGAACGAAAAAGAAAAGAUCCAUUUGCGUGACAGCACUCUUCGCGACCUACUGCUGAGCAUGCAGAAAGAGGAACAAACUGAAACCAGGACCAAAGAAACCAAUGUGUCCACCAAAAUCACCAUUCUGGAUCCAGACACUGGAAAAGACAUGUCUCCUUAUGAUGCCUACGUGAUGCGUCUGAUUGAUCGCCAACAGUACAUUCAUCUGCAGGAGCUUGAGUGUGAUUGGGAGGAGAUUACCUCUGUGGGACCAGAUGGCGAGACAUCUGUACUGCAGGAUCGCAAGAGCGGCAGUCAGUACUCCAUUAAAGAGGCCAUGAAGGAAGGCCGACUGACACAGUACGAUCUAGAUCGGUACAAACAAGGCAAACUCCACAUCUCAGAGUUUGCCUUGCUAGUUGCUGGUGAAACCAAGCCAAAGAACCAGUACAACUCAUUCGUCCAAAGAAACAGCACGCCAGUCAAGUCAGCCCCUGUUGAGUAUGGUGCUAUCCAAACAUAUCCAAUUGCUGGGAUCGUGGACACACACACCGACACCUGCUUCACUGUACGUAGCGCUGCCAUGCGUAAACUUAUAGAUGCCACUACAGCUCAAAAGCUUCUGGAAGCUCAGGCAGCAACCGGUGGCAUCAUUGAUAUCGCCUCCAAAGACAGACACUCAGUUCACAAGGCAGCUUCCAGAGGACUCAUCGAUGACAGCCAGCUUCAGAGGCUCCUCAACGCUCAGAAGGCCUAUACUGGUGUGGAAGACCCAGUGACCAGAGAGCGUUUAUCUGUGGGAGAAGCCAGCCAGAAAGGCUGGAUGCCAAAGGAAAAUGCAACUUGGUACAUGGAAGCGCAGCACCUGACUGGAGGGCUGAUCGAUCCCAACAACAACAAAAGGGUGAGCAUCUUGGAUGCUAUUGGAUCCAAAAUGAUCGACAGUCAAAUGAUGAGAGAGAUUCAAGCGGAAAGCAAUUACAAGAAGGAUAUCACUGACCCCCUCACCAAGCAGAAAAUCAACUACAAGCAAGCCCUUGAUCGCUGUAAGAGAGAUCCAAUCUCUGGCCUUCUAAUGCUGCCGGCCUCCUCCAAAGAAUCUGGUUACACUCCAGCGUACAACAGAUAUGCAAGAUUUUAA